AUGGUCACCAUCAGGAACCCGGGGCUGAUGCCGGUGUCGUGCGUGCAGGUCCUGUUGGUUCUGGGCUCAGUGAGCGCUGUGCUGCUUCUGCUGGUAUUGGUUCGUCAGCUCGUCAAGCAAAGGAGACCCGCGGGUUUCCCCCCGGGGCCGUCCCCCAUCCCCAUCAUCGGGAACAUUAUGUCUCUAGUCACUGAGCCGCACGUCUUCCUGAAGAAGCAGAGUGAAGUUCACGGACAGAUCUUCAGCCUGGAUCUUGGAGGCAUCCUGGCUGUGGUGCUAAAUGGAUAUGACUGUUUGAGAGAAUGUCUCUACCAUCAGAGUGAAGUGUUUGCUGACCGUCCAUCUCUGCCUCUGUUUCAAAAGAUGACUAAAAUGGGCGGUUUACUCAACUGCAAGUACGGCAAAGGCUGGAUUGAGCACCGUAAACUGGCCUGCAACUCUUUCCGUUACUUUGGCAGUGGUCAGAGGUUAUUUGAGAGGAAGAUCUCAGAGGAGUGCAUGUUCUUUAUUGAUGCCAUAGAUGAACACAAAGGAAAACCAUUCAACCCCAAACAUCUGGUGACCAAUGCUGUCUCAAACAUCACCAACCUCAUCAUCUUCGGACAGCGCUUCACAUACGACGACAAAAACUUCCAGCAUAUGAUUGAGCUCUUCAGUGAGAAUGUGGAGCUUGCAGUCAGUAGCUGGGCCUUCCUCUACAAUGCGUUUCCUUGGCUGGAGUAUGUGCCGUUUGGAAAACACCAGAAGUUAUUCCGAAAUGCUGCAAAGGUGUAUGACUUCUUACAAGAGGUGAUAGAUGGGUUUUCAAAAGGUCGAGUGCCCCAUGUGCCAAGACAUUAUGUGGAUGCAUAUCUGGAUGAAUUGGAACAAAAUGCAGGGGACACUUGUUCGUCAUUUUCAAAAGAGAAUCUGAUCUUUUCUGUGGGCGAGCUGAUAAUAGCUGGCACUGAGACGACCACUAACACUCUAAGGUGGGCGAUGCUUUACAUGGCCCUCUACCCAAAUAUACAAGAAAGAGUGCACAGAGAGAUUGACAGUGUGUUGACAAAUGGUCGGAUGCCCACUCUCGACGACAAACACAAGAUGCCUUUUGUUGAGGCUGUACUGCAUGAAGUGCUGCGCUUCUGUAACAUUGUUCCACUGGGCAUUUUCCGAGCUACGUCCCAGGACGCAAAUGUCAAUGGCUACAAAAUUCCCAAAGGCACAUUGGUAAUCACUAACCUCUACUCUGUACAUUUUGACGAGAAGUACUGGCAGGAGCCGGGUGUUUUCUCACCACAGAGGUUUCUGGACAAUAAUGGUAACUUUGUCAGACGUGAGGCCUUCCUUCCAUUCUCGUUAGGAAGACGCCAGUGCUUGGGUGAGCAAUUAGCCAGAAUGGAAAUGUUUCUCUUCUUCACCACAUUGCUUCAAAGAUUCCAUCUACAGUUUCCUCCAGGAACAAUUCCCUCUGUCACUCCCAAACUCGGCAUGACCCUCCAGCCGAAGCCUUACUCCAUUUGUGCUGUGCGCAGACAGCAGCGAGUUCCCAGUCCUGCACACACUCCUUAG